AUGGCUUCUCUUCUUCUUCGUCCAGUUUCCCUAAUCAUCAUCCUUCUAAUGAUCAUCUUCCUCAUCGAAACAAAAGGUGAUCAAGCUCUAAUCGAGGAUAUUUUCAGGCAAACUCAGGAUUACAGCUUCUGUAUGUCAAGUUUUAAUGGCGACUUACGUAGUGGUACGGCUGACAUUUACGGAUUAGCAACACUGUCAACUAUAUUCUCUUUGGAAAAAGCAAGAGAUACGUUAGAAAGAAUUAAUGGGAUGGUUAACGGAAGCAGUGAUCCUGUAGGAAAGAACCGAAUUGUCCUGUGUCAAUCCGAUUAUCGUCAAGCGUCAGAGAUGUUCCAGCAAGCAUUCAGUUCAUCAAGCGUCAGGUCUUACUGGGAUGUGAUAAAUUAUACCAGAGAGGGAUUUAACAGAGUGGUGGACUGUGAGAAUGUUUACAGAAGGGAUGACCCGAUUGCUGUGUGUCCUGUGUCUAAAGAUAACCAUGAAAUAUUUAAGUUGACUGAAAUAACUUUAUUAAUUAUUAGUAGACUUCUUUCAUGAACAGCUGAGGUUAUUAUGAAUUAUGUUUUUUUUUUUAAUAAAUGUGAUAAUUCAUUAGUGAUGGGGAAAAUGAUAUGCCAAAAAAUACAAGAGAACUUCUCAUACCCAUUCAACAGUCCUGCAAGAUGUAUACAAGAGGAAUCAGUGUUCUGCAUGGAUUUCCAUCGUAAUGCAUUUAUUUUUUUUUUUAAAUAUUAACAAUAUAUUUUACUACUAAUUUCAGUCUUAGCCUCUAAUAAAAUAAUCAACCAAGAUUUACUAUUACUAUUAUGACUACAAUUUCAAUGAUAGAAAAAGGAAGUUAAACUAAUAUUAGAGUUGAUAAAACUUAUUUCUACCACUUUAGAGUUUCUUGUCAUUUUAAUUUAAAAUUCUAAAGUUUAAGUCUUGAGAUGCUUUCACCCAUUAUAACAAACAAUAAAAAAAAAAAGAAGAAAUAAAUAUUAGAGAAAAAGGAGUAAGAGAUAAUAAAAGGUUAGAUUAUUAAUUCAUCUAAAUUCUAACAAAAAUGGAAAAAAAAAAUAUUGGAGAAGAAUCUCAGUUAUAAAUUUAUUUAUUUAAACAACACUAUUUUUAAUUGUUAGAACUUAAUAACUUUAAUACUAAUUCAAUUUUUUUAUUAUUAUUAUUAUCAUCAGAGUUAGAGUUAUAUAUAGCGACAUUAAUAAAUUUAUAUCAAUUAUUUUUGUAGAAAUUAAUAUUAAAAUUGAAAAAUUAAACUACUUAGAUUGGAAAACAACUUCAAAGUAAAGGUAUGUUAGUUCAGUGGUUCA